AAAUUUAGAAAUAGAGGACUUAUGCUGAAGCAUUUAAAGAAUCAUGUUAAGAAAAUACAAAGGCAGCACUUUGCUGUAGUUCAACAGGAAGAUCAGGGAAUUCCUACAACAGAACAAAUAAAUUGCUCUAAUGCUUCCAUUUCAUUUGAAAAUGGAAAUUCAGAUAUUAAAGACAAUGAAGUAGAAACUCCUGUUGCAUAUAACAGUGAAAAGAGGGAAGAAGAAACGUUUGAGCAAGUGGCUGAAGUGACUAAAAAUAUUGUGUGUGAACCUCAUGAUGUCAUUAAAAAUGGCAGUCCUGAUAGUUCUCUAAAUAAUGCUCCAGAGCCUCUCACCACUGAAAGUUUACCCAGAUGUAUUGAUGAUGAUGAUUUAAAUCGAGAGACUCCAGUACUUCAUAAAAUAAAUGGAACUGUUUGCCCUCAAAAAGAUCUGGAUAUUGUAGAUCAGCAAGAAAAUUUCAAGUGCCCUGCUAAUGGAUGUGUCAGAAUAUUUAAAAAAAUAAGAUUUCUGAAUAAACAUGCAAGGAAAGCUCAUCCAACUGAUUUGAAGGUACAACAACAUAUAAUGAAGUGGAACAAAGGAAAGUGCCGAUUUUGUCAGCGGAAAUUUGAGGAUUCUCAGCAUUUUAUAGAUCAUUUGAAGAGACAUAUAUAUCCAAAUGUGUACUUUUGUUUACAUUUUACCUGUAAUCAGAGAUUUAAGCUGUCAACUGAGCUUGCAGAGCAUACAAAAAGUCACAGUGUUUUUCAGGCUCAGUGUAAUUUUCCAGAAUGCCAUGAGCUUUUUGAAGAGCUUCCUUUGCUAUAUGAACAUGAAGCUCAGCAUUAUUUAAAUCUAACACCAGAACCUUCUGCAGAAACAAGUAGACAUGUUUUGGAUACUCUUACAGAACUUCAGUGUGAGAGUCAGGAAAAGGACUUAUCUGGUAGUGAAAAGGAAACUGUUGAUCUGCCAGUUCCCACUUGGAAAUCAAGGAAAGAUUCUACAGAACCAAAGACAUAUAUACAAAGUGUUGAAAAGAAGACAAACAGUGUAGUUCAGAAUGGGAAUGACCAUUCUUCUGAUGUCACUGCUUCAGCUAUAAGCUUCAUAGACCAAAAGAUGACUGUUGUAGAGCCAAAUUCUGAAAAAAGUAGUGUUAUUAGUGACCAACUGUUAGUCAAUGGACACAGUGAAUCAGAGCAGACAUCUUUGGUUUCAUCAGAUGUUGCCCUGAAAAUUGAGACAAGUGGAACAAGGACAGAAAAUGGUUCCAUUUCACAGAAUGUUGAAGUAGUACCACAGGAACACAGUCCUCUAAUAGUAGUCUCUCAGUCACCUUCCAAACCAAAUCCACCAACUGAAAACACUUCAUAUGGUUUAAUUUUAACCAAGCCAUAUGUGAGACCAUUGCCUCCCAGUUAUCUUGAUGAACGGUACAUCAGUAUGCCAAAACGUAGAAAAACUCUGACUGAUAAAGUAGAUGCCCAUUCUGAUCAAGAUAGUGUUUAUAGCACAUCAUCAGAGAGAUUUAGAUGUGGCAACUGCUUGACCAUCUACUGUAACUCAGAAGCACUUGAGGCUCACCUUGCACAAAAGAAAUGUCAGACGCUGUUUGGAUUCGACUCAGAUGAUGAAAGUGCCUGAUAAAAUGUUACUGAAAAGUUUAUCAAGGAGUGGUGUGAAAAAAAGCACUACAAAAAAUGCAUCAUCAAUUUGCUCUUUCCCAGUUGGCCUUAAUCAUAGAGUGGUCUCAGAUUACUAAAGAACAAUAUAAAGAAAAAGCACAUUUUCUAGAAUGAACUCACAGAGGAGAUGUGCCGGUUUUGACUCCCGAAGGGUUACUGCAAAGAUCCCAAAGUACCAGUUAUCCAGAAGACCACACACUACACAAGUGUAUGAUCAAAGCACAGCAGCACAUUCAGUUUAACUUAUUAACACCUCAUGAAGAAGCAUUCAACCCAAGAAGAAAAGUAGCUGUGGCCUUAAAGAAAGGAAUAAUGUCAAUCUGUAAAGAAAUAAAAAUAAAACAUGAAUUUUAAGGAAUUCGAAAGCUAUUUUCCAAACAGUAUUUGUUUUCUUUUUAUGCAUGUACAAAUAAUGCCCUUCAUUUCUUGAUGAAACAUGAUUUGAAGACAUUAAUAGCACAUUGUAAUUUGCUUGGAAAUUGAAAGAUAAAAAAACCCACCUUGAUUUACUAUCAUGUUAGCCCUUAAAGUUUGUGGGAAUGACUUUUAAAAAACUUGUUUCCACAAAGCAUAAAUGAAAGUGUGUAGAGAAAAUCUUGGCCAGGUGACAUAUCAGAAUUUUAAAAUGAAAUUCCAGGAAAUUAGGUCCAAAAUGUGUCCAAACUUUUGAUUUAAAACAAAAUAAAAUUUCUCUGCUUUUGCAGUAUAGAAUGAAGUUAAAUGACAAGUUAUCUUUUAAUAUAAUUUUAAUAUAAAAUUGCAAAAUUAACUUAGGAGAUGAGAAUCAAAGGCUAACAAAAGAAUAAUAAAAUCUUGAAAACAAUGAAUUGAAGUUUCAAGUGUAUAUUUUGUGCAUUACACACACAUACCUAGAAUUGUGUGAAUUGAAUUGAAUGGUCUGAAUUAUCUAAAUGAUGUCUUAUGAAGACAAAAGUUACCUUUAAAAAUAUAUUAAAUAGAAUUAGGGCAAGAAACCAUUUAUUUAAUGCUCCAGUACUAAUUACAUAAUGAUAAAUUUGGGCUUUCUAACUAGAAAUUUUUUUUAAUCACAUCCUAAAAUAAGGAGAAUUCUAAACAGAAUUUUGGCUAUAAGAAUAUAGGUAUUACAGUAAUGGCCACUAAUUUUCCUAGAAGAGGUUUUAACCUUAACUGCCAAUAAACAACUAAAGUAAGAGAAAGUUUUAAAAGAAAUAAUACUUUCAAAUACUAUUUUCAUUUAAUGGAAGCUUGCAUACAUCCUUUUAAUUUUUCUUUUAAAUUUUUUUUGUUCUAGGACUUUGUAACUUAUCCAGGAGAGAAGUGCGGGAUCAUGAACAUGAUCCCACUACUGUCUAUACAGGAGUUUUGACCUGUACCUGUUCACCCUUCCCUAGGCAAUCUAAUGAUCCCUCUUCCCCAUCUCGAUUUCUAGGGGCUCAUAACACUGAUGCCAUACAAUGUGUAGACACCCAAAAUUCAUAGCUAACUGCAACUCAGAACUCCCAAGCUCAAGAGAUCUGUCAGCCUCAGUCUUCCCAGUAGGUGGGGUUACAAGCCUGUACCACUAUGCCCAGCCAGACUUAUCCUUUAUAUAUUGUUAUCUAAGCCAGAAACCAACCUACCCAAAAUACAUUAACCAAAAAAAAAAAAAAUCUUAAAUAAAAUUUCUCUUAAAAAAGCCUUGGUUUUUCAGGGCAGGUGGACAUAUCGAACCCAGAUACAUAAAAUGUAGAGUAUCAAGUUCUUUGAAAAGAACUUCGGACAUUUUUUUUUUUAAGACUGAAACUAGACUUCACAGAAAUAGUGUUUCUGACUCAAGUAUUUAAUGUAAGUGAUCCAGAAAGUAUUUCCUAAUUUUAGGUGCAAAAAUUAUUUCUUAUACUGUCAAUAUCAAAUUGUUUUAUGUAACAGAAGAGCAUUAAAAUCGAUAGAAAUUAAAUUUAGGGUUUUAUGGACAGCACUGGAAUUCACAUUUGCAUUGGGGUUAGGUUUAAUUAUAUAUAUCUUUGUUACAUAUCUUUGACCACAUGUUGAUCUACAUUUUUUUUAAACUGUAGACUUAAGUAGCCUAAUACAUCGCCAUGUGCUUAUUAGGAAUCUUUUUAUGUUUCCAUGAGUAUAAUCAUUUUUAAUACUUUUUGCUUAAAUACUUGGGCUCUAACAUUGGAGAAAAAAAGAGAUGGAUAGCAGUGAGAAUAAAUACCAAGUUUAGCUGCUUUUUUUUUGGCUGGGGGGAGAGAAGAAAUAUUAGGAGAUUCUACUUGUUGGCAGACCAUGAUUACCAGUUAGGAUGACCAAUUUGUGUGCAUUAAUAAACUAUAGAUUUUUUUGUAGUGACUUGCUUGAAAGUUAGAUGCUACAAAAUACUUUCAGCUAUUUACAAUUAUUUUCAC